UAAAAAUUAUAAAUUUCACCGGGGUCAACUGACCCCCUCACCGUCUAGUAGCUCCGCCACAACGGGAUGUUCAAAAACUACAGCUUAAAUAGCAGAAAGAUGGUUUUGUUCCCAUCCCCCGGUGAGCCCUCCGCUUUUCCCACCUUCAGGACUUGCCCUGAAGCAGAGGAAGCCGUGGCCGCAGCCGCACGCUCCUGCAUGGCCAACAUUUAUGCACCAAGUCCCGGAAUUUUCAAGGCCAGAAAAGCAGUGGCAGAUCAUUUAAACGGAGAGCUUCCGUCUCAGCUUAGAGAAGAGGAUGUGUAUAUCACCGGUUGUUGCAACCAAGCGAUAGAGAUCGUAAUAGAAUCCAUUGCCGGAAAUCUAGCGGCCAACAUUUUGCUUCCAUGGCCAGGUUAUCCUCACUAUGAUGCUCAUGCAAUCAAUAAUGGCAUCCAGAUCCGCAAAUACGAUCUCCUCCCUGAAAGAGAUUUCGAGAUCGAUCUCGACGGCUUCGAGGCCCAACAAUCCUUAUCAUUAUUUUGCUUCCAUGGCCUCGAGGAUGAGAAUACCAUCGCAAUGGUUCUUAUCAACCCCAACAAUCCUUAUGGGAAUGUCUACACCUACGAUCAUCUCAACAAGGUUUUCGUUCAUAUAAUAAACAUAUAACUUUUUCGAUAUAUGUGACAUAUAUUAUCAAUGUUUAGGUUAUCUUUCCACUUAAUAGGCCAGUAAUAGAAGUUUAUCCUAGUUACAUAGAUAUAACAGCAGCAA